GACAGACAAGAGGGCUGGUGGAGGGAGGAAGGCUGAUUCAUGCCGCCGGGGUUUACCGGGCAUUAAAAACCUGAGGUCCAGCGCUGCGGGACGGACUCUGUCGGUGCGGAAAGAGGAAUUACAAAGCAGGAAAAAAAUGCAUCUUUUUGGGGUUUGCAUGCUGCUGGCGGCUCUGCAGGUUGCAGUGCGAGGCGGAGCCGCUGAGCACUCGCCGCCGUGCACGAGGGGCUUCGUGCACGAGGAGUACAGCGUGGAAGUGGAUGAAGAGCUGAUGAAGGGACAGGCUCUCCUCAACGUGAGCUUCGUGGACUGCGGCGGGGGGCCCGUGUGGUUCGAGGUCGGCGACUCCUCAGACUUCCGGGUGGCGGCGGACGGCGUGCUCCUCGCCGUGCGGCCCGUCCGCCUGCCGGCCCAGGACGGGGCGCGGCUGCGGGUCUACGCUCGGGACCCGCGCUCCAAACAGGCCUGGAAGACCCGGGUGCACCUGCUCGCCCGUCCCCAUGGCAACAAAACAGAACCAACACAGGUGAAGCCCAGUGAUGCAACACUGACUCAGCGGGUGCCGGAGAUCUUGUUUCCAUGGCGCAGCGUGGUUGUCGGGGGCGACGGAAGUGUGCGGCGGGUGAAGAGGGACUGGGUCAUCCCGCCCAUCAACGUCCCCGAGAACUCACGAGGACAGUUCCCCGAGGAGCUAGUCAGAAUCCGCUCGGACCGGGAUAAGAACCGGAUGUUGCGUUACAGCGUGACGGGCCCCGGGGCCGACCAGCCGCCCACCGGCAUCUUCAUCAUCAACCCCAUCUCAGGCCAGCUGUCCGUCACCAAGCCCCUGGACCGGGAGCACAUCUCCAACUUCCACUUGCGAGCCCACGCUGUGGACCUGAAUGGGAACCAGGUGGAGAACCCGAUCGACAUCGUUAUCAACGUCAUCGACAUGAACGACAACCGACCGGAGUUCACACACAGCACCUUCAACGGCUCGGUGCCGGAGGGAUCCAAGCCUGGCUCCUUCGUCAUGACGGUGACGGCUGUGGACAAAGACGACCCAAAGACAGCCAAUGGGAUGCUGCGAUACAAGAUCCUGUCCCAGAAUCCCCAGAGCCCCUCAUCCAACAUGUUCACCAUCAACAAUAAGACCGGUGACAUCAUCACUGUCGCCGCGGGCCUCGAUCGGGAGAAAGUGCCUCAGUACACGCUGAUCAUCCAGGCCACCGACAUGGAGGGAAACCCCACCUACGGCCUGUCCAACACGGCCACGGCGGUCAUCAGGAUCACCGACGUCAACGACAACCCCCCUGAAUUCACCACCGACACAUACUUCGGCGAGGUGCAUGAGAACAGGGUGAAUGUGAUCGUGGCCAACCUGACCGUGACCGAUAAGGACCAGCCGCACACGUCGGCCUGGAGCGCCGUCUACCGCAUCACAUCCGGAGACCCGACGGGACGCUUCUCCAUCCCCACCGACCCCAUGACCAACGAGGGCCUGCUCACCGUGGUGAAGCCCAUCGACUUCGAGGUGACCCGCUCCUUCAUGCUGACCGUGGAGGCAGAGAACGAGAUCCCGCUGGCCCGCGGCAUCCCGCUGCCCCGCCAGUCCACCGCCACCGUCUCCGUUCGGAUCCUGGACAUCAACGAGAGCCCCGAGUUCAGCCCCAACCCCAAAUCCAUCAAGCUGGAGGAGGGCCUGCCCGCCGGCUCGCUGCUCACCACCUUCACCGCCCAGGACCCCGACCGCUUCAUGAGGCAGACCAUCCGGUACUCCAAGAUGUACGACCCUGCCAACUGGCUGGAGAUCGACCCGGUGAACGGCCGCAUUUCCACCAUCGCCAUCCUCGACCGAGAGUCUCCGUACGUCAAGAACAACCUGUACAACGUCACCUUCAUGGCCUCUGAUAACGGUAUCCCCCCUGCCAGCGGCACAGGAACACUUCAGAUGUACCUGCUGGACAUCAACGACAACGCUCCGCACGUUUUCCCUCCCGAGGUGGAGAUGUGCGAGAGGCCGGAGCCCAACGCCAUCAACAUCACGGCCAACGACCCCGACCUGACCCCCAACGCGGGACCCUUCGCCUUCGAGCUGGCCAAUCGUCCCGCGGACGUUCGCCGCAACUGGACGCUCAGUCGCCUCAGCGGUGACUACGCCCAGGUGCGCCUGCGGAUCGGCUUCCUGAACAGCGGCAUCUACGAGGUUCCCAUCAUGAUCACGGACUCCGGGAACCUGCCCAUGUCCAACACGUCCUACCUGCGGGUCAAGGUGUGUCAGUGCGAUCACCACGGCGACUGCGUGGACAUGGAGCGAAUCAUCGCCGCCGGACUGGGCACCGGAGCCAUCAUCGCCAUCCUCAUCUGCAUUAUUAUACUGCUAGUGCUGGUGCUGCUGUUUGUGAUGUGGAUGAAGCGGCGGGAUAAGGAGCGUCAGGCCAAACAGCUGCUCAUCGACCCGGAGGACGACGUGCGAGACAACAUCCUCAAAUACGACGAGGAGGGAGGCGGAGAGGAGGACCAGGACUAUGACCUGAGCCAGCUGCAGCAGCCGGACGCCCUGGAGCCGGACUGCGUCAAGGUGGGAAUCCGACGCCUGGACGAGAGACCCCUGCACCACGACCACCAGUACCCGCUGCGCUCUGCCGCCCCCCACCCAGGAGACAUCGGAGACUUCAUCCAUGAGGGCCUGAAGGCGGCGGACAACGACCCCACGGCGCCCCCCUACGACUCCCUGCUGGUGUUCGACUACGAGGGCAGCGGCUCCACCGCCGGCUCCCUCAGCUCCCUGCACUCCUCCUCCAGCUGCGGGGAUCAGGACUACGACUACCUGGGCGACUGGGGGCCACGCUUCCGCAAGCUGGCCGACCUGUACGGCGGCGGAGACGAUUAGCGCCCCGACCCCCCCCUGCCCCGCCCCCUGUCCCGCCCGGGGGGGACGGGGGAUCCGGGGGCAAGCGAGGAAAGAGGAAGUGGGGAGUAACACGGGGAAACAUUUUUGGGACGGGGGGGCGAGCGGCACUUCUUUAUUAUCACGGGACAGCUUGUAAAGAGACUUGCUGCGUUUUGAGGAGGGUCGAUGACACUAAGGGACCACGUCGACUCCCGGCCUGGCCGAGCGGGUCGGCCGCCGGCGAGCAUGCAGGCUAACGGGCGUCGCCAUGGCAGCGUUAGCCCUCAUGCUGAUGGAUGCGAGCAGCCGGGGACGCCGUCGCCGCGGCUCGGGCCAGCCGAUUGGUUAAGAGCUACGACAGCCAUGCUAAAGACGCUCAUUUACACUUGAAUCUCACAGUACAGAAGCACUGGGGUAAAAUGUGCCUUUUUGUACAUUCUUUUGAUUGUGUUCGGUCUCGUUUCUGUUCAUUGCUUUAAAGCUCCUGACGUUUUGCAACGGCAACUGACUGUAAAUGGAGGAGCGCUUCGCCACGUUGAUGUGUGUGUGUGCGCGCGUGUUGGAUUCCACCUCAUUACCAGAGUGUGUGCGCGUAUGUGUGCGUGUGUGUGUGUGUGCAUGUGUGUGUGAGUCAUUUCCACAGAGACACACUGGAUGGAGACUCUUAAGGGCAAAGCCCGCUGCGAGAGGAGAGGCUUAGAUGAUCCUGCAAGUGAAAAAAAAAUGUGGCUUUACUGUACAGCUCUGGGUUUAUCUGACUCCAUCAGAAAUCACCAAACUCCCAGUGUGACAACACACAGCUCGCCGCUGCCAAGGUCAGACAGGAACACACCGGCUGACCUUUCAGACGUCCAGGUUCUGUACUAAUCAGCGCUUAAACACUUAUUGGAUGACUAACUUAGCUAGAGAAAAUGUGAAAAUUUGCUAUAUUCAUACAUCAAUAUAUCAAAAAUUGAUUGCUUUAGUCAUUUAAGCAGCAAACCUUAUCUGAUCCCAGCUUCACUAAGAUUGUGUCACUUUUCUUCAUUCAUAUCAGUAUAAAAUUAAUACGUUGAGCUUUUUUGGCUGCAAGUCAAACUAAAGAAACAAGUGGAAGGCGUCACUUUGGCCUCGGCUCACUUCCAGUGAGACUUUGUGAUUAUUUUCACUCUCUGUAGACUAAUUGACUCAUCGAUUAAUCAAAAAACAAAACGAAAAAAAAAAAGAUAAUAAUUACAGAUUAGUCAACAAUGAAAAUAAUCAGCUGCUGCCGUAAUUCUACCAAAUUAAAGCGUGAUGUGUUAUUGAUGUUAUUGAAAUUCUCUUUUCCAAACAGAUUGCUGCAAUACGGUUUAGAAUUACUUACUGGACGACUUUUAAUUAAGGAACCAGAUGUAUUUUUAAAGCCGGGCUGAGUAAUUAUACCUGUUAUACUCACGCGGCUUUCUGAAGCAUUCGACUGUCACGUUGAGAUAUGUCUAUUCUGAGCAUUAUGGCUGAUCAAUACUGCGCUCAUUUGGCUGCAUUCCACUGACGUUACUGUGACUGGCUGACUGUAUUAACAAAGCCUGCAGAGAACAGAAAUUUUAAUUUCCUCUCUGCUCUCUCUCUCUCCCUCUCUCUCUCUCACACACACAUACACACACACUCUCAUCAUUCAUUCUGUGUAACCUUGAUUUAAUUGCCUGAAAGAAUGAUUGCCUUUCCAAUCAGUUCAAUAGUAGACGGUCGAAGUGAAAGACCUGUAGAAACAGUAUUUUUUUUUUCUGUAGUACAUUUUAAAUGUUGUGUGGCAGCGUCCUUGCUGGGUUUCUGAACAUGAGCCUCACUCAUUUAAGAUCUAGUUAAGUUUCACUUGUUCGCACAGUGAUAAUAUCUAGAAGAAAAAUGAUAAAAUAACACAGUGAUUAGCUAAAUGAGAGCAAACAAUAACAGCCUGAAAGUGAAGAUGAAUAAGAAAUAGCUGGACGGGAUGAAAGUCUUAGCGAUAACAGCAACAUGGUGGUGGGAAACAAUAGGAAAAUUCCCUUCAUGGAGAGAAAAAAUAGAAACUCAGUAGUGCGAACAGUAAUAAAUGUGUUUGUGUGACUGAAUUAACAAGGGUGAGGAUAAAUUAAUGUGUUGAGCUAUUGAGGCAAAACGUAGGUUUUCCCAAUUAAAUGAGAUAUAAUUUUGCACUAUAUCUUCUUUUUGCUGUGAAGAUGUGAAUGUGUUAUAUAUGCAGGGAUAAUUUGUUCAGCAUGAGUCAUCUGGAGGUUUUUUUUUUUUUCCUAGGCCAGAAGUAAAGAGAAGGGUUUUUUUUUUCUUUUUUCUGUUUUUUUUUUAAUGUGACAGAGUCAGUUUGACAGCAACAGUAGCGAUGCAGCAGCUCGAUCAUUAAAGCGCAUCAAAAAAAGCAGAGGCCCGAGCAUGGAGCCCUGAGGGACGCCGCAUUCCUGUCACUCUAAAUGAUGCCCAUGCUUUUACAAACACAGUCUGUCAAGACCAGCACCACGCAGCCAUUUAGUCGUAGCCUUUGUUAUUCACUCUUUUUCAAGCUCGCCAUCAAAAUCUGUGGCAGUUUUCUAGCAGUUGCAUACGCAACACAGCGGCUCACUUCAAAUGUUUGAAUUAUUUUGGUGCAAGAAAUCAUCGGUAGACGGAUGCCAAAACAAAACCAGCGUCAAAGACAGUGAAAGAUGCACUUGUUAAAUGUCUCCACCGCUCCGUGUAAAUCCAAUUUCUGUGUGCUUAGCUUCACAGACAUGACUGAUCACAGUUACUUUUUAAUCAAAAAUCCACUGGCUCUCACUGAUCUGAUUAUUUUUGAAGGAUAUCAGUAUAUUGCAGAGUAGCUCAGUAUGGUGGAGGUUUACCCCGGCCGGUGUUGCUCCUCUUUUUUAUUUCUGUCAGCUGAAUGUGAUAGGAACAACAGUAUCACCAAACCUGUAAUCCACAUGCUAAAAGACUGGUGAAGGCACAGAAACUGCUCACCACUUUGGAAGGAAGGUGCUUGUUUCAUUUGAACUAACAUCAAUAAUGAUGUGAGGAACGAUCUGAAGUAAUUAUUAAUAAUGGAAUUACUUUUUAGACAGAGUCAUUCGUAAACUAGUGUGAUCAGAAAUUACAGAAAGUGCAGAGUAACUUUACUAAGGUCAAGGUAAACUUUAUUAUCCCCGAGAGGAAAUUCAUGUGGUCACGAGCGUGCAUAAAGAAACAGAGAUUUAAUGAAGACAUAACGAUCAAGAGCUUGCACCACAUGCUUUUUUUGAAUAACUCCCCCAACGUUAUCAGUUACAUACAUGCUGUUGUGGAGAAGCUCUUGCAAACAACGCCGUGGGUUGAAUGCGCUCAUAUGGACGCAGCUUGUAAUUGCAUCACAUAUUAUAUUUAUUUAACUUGACAACGCACUCAGAGCGAGCUUUGAAUUUGCUGCAGGCCAUUUUGUUGUGGCUCUUUCAAUUUUUGUAUUCUGAUUCCAGUGACAACACUUGACCCAACCCAGUUUCCUAAUGUCCCUUGAAUUACCACCAUUUAUUGCAUUAGGAGAGUAGCUGGAUUUCUGAUGCAGAAUUGGACCCUGGUUACACCCAGAGCUGGACAAAAAAAAAAAAAAGCUGCAUAUUUUUUUUUUUCCUGUUUGGUUUUUCCUAAGCCAGUGAGAAGACAUGUACAGUAAUGCUAGACUCUAGAUAGAUCCCUUCUGUUUUUUGUUUUCGUUUUGCUUUUAUCACAAUGUAAUUUAUGCAGUCGAUUGCUAAUAAGGGAGACAUCAGUCCUUGUUUUGUAGCGAAGAUACCUUUUGUUACUCUGCUGAGGUGGAUUAAACACAAAAAAGGUAAUGUUUCUUCUGUCUGCUGAUGAUUUGCCUUAGUGUUCUCUGGUACUCUCCAAUUGGCUAUUCACUGUAAACUGAAACAUGUACAGAUUGUAUUUUUUCUCUUGUUGUUCUUUUGGCUGUGGUCUCUGAAAAAUGACAUGCUAAUAUCCUGAAUCCUUGUAUAUGUAUAAUUUGGAUUACAAAUUAAAAAAUUUUGCAUGUU